CGCGGGAAAAGGGAAAAAAAUCCCCAAAAUCUCCCGCGUUCAGCCGGCCGCAGCUUGCAGUCUCCCUCCGGACCCAAGCCCCGCUCGAGCGAGCGCGAUGGCCUCGGCGAGGGACCUCGCCGUAGCGUCCAUCUCCGCCGCCGUGGGCGCCGCAGCCGCCGCGGCCGCGCUGCGCUUCCUGUCAUCCUACGGGGCCAGCUCUGCCAAGCAGCGGAGCCCGCCCACGCCGUGCGCCGAGCACCUCGCGGUCAACGGAUGCGCCGCCGAGCGCCCGCCGGUGCAGUCCCCCUUCGAUCCCGCCAAGAGGGAAGGGUAUAUCUCCUGGGACGACUACUUCAUGGCGAUCGCGUUCCUUUCGGCCAAGCGGUCCAAGGAUCCUAAUCGGCAGGUUGGAGCAUGCUUGGUUAGCCAAGAGGGGAUAAUCCUAGGAAUAGGGUAUAAUGGAUUUCCUAGAGGUUGUUCUGACAAUAAGCUACCCUGGGCAAAGAAAUCUGCCAAGGGAGAUCCAUUGGAGACAAAAUACCCCUAUGUUGUUCAUGCUGAGGUUAAUGCUAUUUUAAAUACAAACCAUGCUUCAGCGGCUGGACAGAAAUUAUAUGUUACCAUGUUCCCCUGCAAUGAGUGUGCUAAGAUUAUUAUCCAGUCAGGUGUAUCUGAAGUCAUAUAUUUUGUAGAGAAAAGGAUUGACAACUCUGAUUAUGUUUACGUAGCCUCGCACAAGUUGUUAUCAAUGGCUGGUGUAAAGGUUAGGAAACACCAACCACAGAUGUCACAAAUACCAAUCAAGUUUCAGGAGCCUCGAAACGGUGAGCCUUCAAUGAACGCAGCAAGUAUAUUUAGCUGAUCUUAUCUUUGUUUGUUGUCUCCUUAUCUACAUAUACCUUUACUGUGCGGUUAUGUGUAAGAUUUCUGUUGAUCAUGGCAUCAAAGAACAAAUGCUUGUCAGUCAUUCAACGUCAUCGAUUGCCAUAUCCUCCGGGGUGCUGUUGACCGUCUUGUUGUAAACUUGUAAUCCGUGAGACUACUAGAUCAUCAAAACAAAUUAUGGCUGUGUUUAGUUCAGCGCAAAAUUUAGAUUUUGGUUGAAAUUGAAGAUGAUGUGACUGAAAAGUUGUGUAUAUGACAGGUUGAUGUGAUAGAAAAGGACUGAAGUUUGGAUUCAAA